AACUAAAACACAUAACAACUAAAAUGGCGGAUUCACACAUGUCAACACUUGAGUAAAUGUACUAGAUUUACGUCUGCGUGAAAGUUUAUGUCUGUAAACUUUACCCAAUAUUAUCGAUGAAAAUUCUUGAUCAAAAUGAAUUUCUCUGAACUUUUCCGACAAUCCACACAAUUGUGUAAUUUUUCACCUGAUGGGAAAUUCUUGACAUCUGCUGUUGACUAUAGACUGAUUGUAAGGGAUGUAGAAACACUUCAAAUCCAGCAUCUCUACUCCUGUCUAGAUGCCAUUCAGUAUAUAGAGUGGUCAAGUGAUUCACAGUUUAUACUUUGUGGUAUGUUUAAAAGAGGUCUGGUUCAGGUGUGGUCUUUAGAGGUGCCAGAUUGGCAUUGUAAAAUAGAUGAAGGCUCGGCAGGAUUGAGUUCUGUUGUGUGGAGUCCAGAUGGGCGGCAUAUAUUGACUACAGCUGAUUUCAAUCUGAGAAUAACAGUUUGGUCCUUGGUCACCAAAUCAGUUUCGUACAUUCGAUACCCGAAACAAUGUGAUAAAGCUUUGGAUUUUAGCAAAAAUGGCAAAUUUAUGGCCCUGGCAGAGAGACGUGAUUGUAAAGACCAUAUUAGCAUUUUUUCAUGUCAGGCUUGGUCUUUAGUCAGACAUUUUGAAAGUGAAACAGAUGACCUUGGGGGUCUUCAAUGGUCACCAGAUUCUAGAGUUUUGUGUGUUUGGGAUUCCUGUUUUACUUACAAAGUUUUGCUGUACUCAUUAGACGGCAGGUGCCUAUCCAAGUUCAGCGCCUAUGACCUAGCACUGGGAAUCAAAGCUCUGAUCUGGUCUCCCACGAGUCAGUUCUUGGCUAUAGGGAGCUACGAUGAAAAGGUUCGUGUUUUGAACCACAUAACAUGGAAGACUGUAGCCACAUUUUCUCACCCCGAAACCAUCGACUCGAAAACUGUGAUUGUAUAUAAAGAAAUUGAAAGUAAAACUCCUUCAGCACCAGUCAACCUCAGCGACAUUCCAACCAGUACAUUGUUCACACCAACAAGCAAAUAUGAAGUCCAACAGUGUCCAGUGGAGAUUUCCAUCACAAAACCAGCUUUAAAUAAAGCUAACCCCAAGAUUGGAGUUGGUAGUUUAGCAUUUAGUUAUGACAACAAAUUUAUGUUUACUAAAAAUGACAAUAUGCCUUGUGUCCUAUGGAUCUGGGAUAUCAGAAAACUUGGAUUGUGUGCAGUGUUACUUCAAACAAAUCCAAUUAAAGCUGUGAAAUGGGAUCCAUGUUCUCAGAGACUGGCCUUGUGUACUUCGACCAACAAACUGUACAUGUGGUCCCCUAGUGGGUGUUUGUCUGUCCAAGUUCCAGUAGAAGGAACUUUCCUAAUUCACAAUUUGUCAUGGCAGCCCGAAGGAGACGCUAUCUUGCUUGUGGGCAAGGAGCAAAUGUGUGUGUGCUAUCUGUCUCCAACUGCAGCCAACGCAUCAGCAGCUCACAACAUCAGCGCCAUUGACAGCACUCAGGAUGGUAACAAGGGGAAGAAAGAAACCAGCAGCACCAAUGGGAGAAGAGAUUUCUCUCAGAAAUAGACUUCUUUUAUGGUUUGACAAAACAAAUCUAUUGUCAAGGAGCAAAGCUGUGCCUUAAACGUUUCUUGGUUCUAACAUCUCAAUAGUUUCUACUUAUUAGAUUUCUUUGGCCAUUAGUACGAAUACAAUAAUGCUGUUUCUCUGCCAUAACAGGACUAGCAUUAAUCUAUUGACUUGAACAUAUCUUUAGAAUGGAUGGUUGGGGCAUAAUAUGUUGACCAUCUCUCUCCAUUCCUCUCUGACUUCUGCCAGGAUCAGAGUCUCUUUCAUUGACAGGCCAAUCCAUUCCUUGAUGUUGUCUUCCUAUAGCUUCUUUUGUAUGCUUCUCUUUUCGCUGGUACUGUUCCCUGUAGAAAGGUCUUUAAUAAAAUCACCUCAGUACAAACAUAUUUCAACUAAUCGAGCCCAUUUAAUGUGAAAACUAUUUUGUGAGAGACUUUUUUUUUAAAUUAUAAAUGGUACAAAUUAAUUGAAUAGAUUGUCAUAGUAGCUUAAUUCUGUACCAUUUAGCAGUAAGAGAAUUGCUGGCAUACCUGCAUUGUGCCAUAUGAUUGGCUUGUCAGCCUUCUAUUUCAAUAUCAAACAUUUAUAUCUAUGUCUUAUCUUCUUAUCUGUACUAUGUAUAUAAGCCUAGAGGCAUAUUUUUAAUGUCCUUGUAGGAAAAGUAGUUUUGGAUGAGUAGAAUUAAGUAGAAUUGUUUCAACAAAAAGUGUUCAGCAUCUGUAUGAACAUGUGGGUUGAACUCUUUGUGUAAGUCUCUGAUAGUAUAUGUAUAGUCUACAUUGCUAACUAAUUAAUAUUAAUUAGUUCAGGAAUGAGUCUUUUUUUUUAUGAUUUAUGUUAACAAGCUGACAAAUAGUGUUUUUGUUGUGUAUAUGAGUCAUGGUAUUUUUAGUUUCUCAAGUUUGAGAUCAGGACUUUUUGGUAUGAUGCUCUGAGUUGACCAACUUCUGUUUUGGUCUAUAAAAUGUUGACAGUAAAAACAGU